ACCUGUGACCCGUAUCGAAAGGGUUAAUAAUAUGAUCACAAAAAUAACUCUUCUUCGAUAUUACUGUUACAGGUAUCGACCACCGGAUGUGUUAUUAGGCUCAACAGAAUACACUACCUCUAUUGACCUGUGGGGAAUGGGAUGUAUAUUUUUUGAAAUGGCUAGUGGACGACCCCUCUUUCCUGGGUCUACCGUGGAAGAUGAACUUCACCUAAUAUUUCGAACUCUUGGAACACCGACAGAAAAAACAUGGCCCGGACUCACUGAUAAUGAGGAGUUUCAGAAUUUUAAGUUUCCUAAGUAUGAGCCUGAGUAUCUUUUGAAUAGGGUACCAAGACUUGAUAUGGAAGGACUAGAACUUCUUACCAGAUUCUUAAAGUACAACCCAAAGGUACGAGUGUCUGCUGCUGAAGCUAUGCGACAUUCUUAUUUUGAGAGUUUGGGGCCAGGAAUUCAUAAACUACCUGACACUGCUUCCAUUUUCACUUUACCAGGAGUUCAACUAAACCGAGAUCUUGGUAGUAGAACUGCACCAUUCCUUAGUUCAGGUCGUAGCCGCAGGCAGAGUAUGUUGCUGUGAUGAUAGAGAAAUAACUAGCAAGAAAAUGUCACCAAAGAUAAGGUCUAAAGGCAGCUAUGAAGGACAAGCUUUACGAUACAUAUCUACGUACUCUUCAGUUAAAUUUGUUCUAUCUAACUGAUGGUUUAGUAAGAACUGAGAAUGAAGCAGUAUAAUUAUAAGAAUGUGGCAGAUAUGUAGUUCUGAGUUUCAUCCAAUAGCUUUACAUUUUGUCCCUUACUAAUAAAAUCCUUGAGAAGUACUGAUUUUAGAAGUAAUAUUAGGAUUGUUUUCGUAUAGUAUUAUGCUAAAAGAGCUUGGCACUCAGUGGUAGGUUGUAUACAUUUACUCCUUUUUCAAAUACAGUAUUUAUAAUAUCUUAUUUGAGGAUUUUUUCAAAAUUACACGUUGUUUUGAUUAACCUUAAAGUUUUCAUCCUCAUUAGCUGAUGUGCUAAUUAGUCCCAGAUUUAAAUCAAUUUGAGCAGAGAGAAGAACUUUCAUUGUUUACGUGUUAAAAAUGUCACCAAAUCCAUAUGUUAUAAAAUAUAAACAUACUGAAUAAAAGUUAACUGUAUAACAUUAAACAAGAUUUUUGUAUAAAAACAAGAAUCUUUCUAAAAUUGUAUUCCCUCUUUCAGAUUACUUUGUUGACUAGAAAAAAAAAACUUCAUUCUGUGAAGUAUCUGAUGUUUGUUACCAUAAGAUGUAGAACAGUUCUGUAAGAAUUUUAUUAAAUGUGAUAGAGUAGUUAGGUAUGAUAACAGAAUGAAUAAAUCUACAAGUAAUGAUCUACAAAAUGUCUGAAGAGUUAUUGAGUCCUAUUUAUCGAUUUACAGUAUUAACGCAACCUCUAGUACAAAUCUACAUCCAAAACCCCCUGUUAUAAGUCGGUAUCUAAAACCUCUGUACUUAUCCAGUCUUAUUUAUCCAUUUAGAACUGGCGUGUUUUUUUUUUUACUUCUCCAAAUCUAAAAUUUACUAAGGAUUGGUUUAUACUUUUAUAAAAAGUAAUCAUUUGAUUAAUGAGUAUAAGUAAUAUCCUUAAAACUGUCUGUGAUAUAUGCUUUAACAAUGUUUUCUCUGUUUGUUUGAGUCAGUGGUUUACUAUGUUACGUUUUCCAGUCAUCUUUCUUAUUAUCCACCUACAUUUAACUUGAAAAUAUAAGUACGAUACUGAAGUGUUAAAAAUGGAUGAUUUUCUUUUCCUGAACUGUGGAAAAAAAUGUGUUGACAAUAUAAAUCAUGAAGGUUUUGUCAAAUGAAAUUAAUAGUGUUUUGUUUGAAAUGUUUUUGUGUUGUUGAGACUUUUGAAUGCUAUAUUAAUGUGGGAAAAACAGUUUUAAUAUUGAUUUAAUGUUAUUUAGUGACAAGAAUAUGGCAGUUUUUUUUUUGAUAACUUUGGUUUUCUUCAUAUCCGAGACACAAAUUAAGGAAAUUUAAAAUUCAGUUUCUCAUGUUGUUCUUUUACAGUAAAUGAAAUGUUUGAUUGAUAAAAUUUGAAAUAGUUUUAUAUAAUACUUAGCAGUUAUUAUAUGAACUACAGUUUUCCACUAUGUUUCUUGUUAUGCUCUGGAAUCACGAGUCUCAUAGUAUGAAAUCAUGGAAAGUUUUGUUGCUUGUUGAAUUCAAAGUAACUCUACACUUUACUGUUCUUUGUUUUUAUAUGUAUAAACACCAUAAGUAUGGUUUAAGUUGUUUCCCCUUGUUGUGUAUAUGCUGCAAAUUAAUAUUUGCUUCAGAUCAAAGCAAGCUGGAUACUUAAACUAAAAAUCAUCCUGGUCAUGAGUAUAGCUAAUUAAAUAUACUUGCGUUCCUGCUUGUAAACGUUAGAAUGUAUUGUUUCAUCAGUUAAAUUCCCUCACUGUUAACUAUUUUUUCGGCUGUAAUCCCAAUAAUAUUUCACAAGGUUUGUCAGCUCAGGAGAUUUAGGUUAGUCCUAAAUACAUCGAGUAAGCUAACGAUGGAAAACUAUCUCUAUAUUAAAAGGAUAAUAAUUUAAAAGUAAUAACAUUUUAUAUAUUAAAUUGUCAAUCGAAUACUUAUAAUGAAAAUAGCAAUAAAUAAACAAUUUUGUGAAAAACAGGAUCUAUCUUUCGUCUGCAGAACCUUCAAAAGACUAAUUUCUUCUUUAUGAAACACUUCUGUAUUCCUGAAUAUUUUAAGCGUGGUUUCUGUUUACAGACCUACCUGGCUUCCGUUUAUAUGUUAAUAACGAACGAAUAUGGAUGCAGCUCAAAAAAAUAUGAGAAUAUAAAGAAAUUUUAAAGAAUUGUAAGUUAAAAAGAAUUACAAGGUUUUGGCCAAAUGUUUACCUCUUUUUUUUUGUUGUUGUUGUUGUUGCUUACAACAGUUUUAACUAUUUGUUUGUGUUUGCAGAGCUUAAUGCAUAGUAGAUCCCUUCUUAUCUUUUAUUGGUCAACUCUUGAGUUAGUAGUUAACAUUUACAGAUCUUUUAUGUUACAGACUAACUUGUUUGAUGUUCAAUAGGAAAGAUUUAUCACUUGAUAAAUUUUAUCAGCUCAUAUCUAUUCAGUAAAUACAAUUAUUUCAUUUCGAAGGUACAAUCUUUAUUUAAGAGAUGUAAGUUGAAAAAACAAUUGUGUAGAAGUGUGGUGGGUUGUUCAUGUUUCAUAUGUUAUCCUGCAGAAAUAAGAAUACACAUGUACUUGAAAAAUGUUUAAAAGAUAAGCCAACUUUCUUAUUUUACCACCAGUCAUUCUUCUUCUGAAUAUAAUUUGGUAGGUUUGCUCUGUGAUACUUGACCAGUCAGUAUCAAUAGCUAUUUCAUAUUGAUGUGGGGAUGUAUACUCUGGCCACUAAUGACAAUCUUUUGUUAACCACCUAAGUGAGAAAUUGUAUCGUUUCAAUGAGGUUGAUCAGAACAGUUCCUGUAUUACUUAGUUUAUAAGUGUAGAUAGUUUGAAUUUAUAAGGUGUACUAGUGGUUUCUUCGAAUAGCAUAACUAACAGAUUAAUUAGGAUUUUUGGUUAGUAUUUCAAUUGCUGUAAAAGUAACGUUUGAGCUGUUUUUCUUGAAUAAGUUGUGGGUAGCACCAUUUUAUUUAAUUGUUUUGUUGUUUUUUUCUAAAAUCCUUAUAAAGGUUUAUUAAACGUGGUUAAAACACCGUAUUUUGUGUACCAGUUUUUCAAACCGACUUUAAAAUAUUAAACAGCGGAAUUUUCUUUUCAACGUAGCUACAUUUAGCUCUGACUAAAUCGAAUUAAUCAGUGAUAUGCUGUAGAUUUAUUUAAAAAUCUUUUAAGAUAAUUUACAAUAGAGGACAGCACGUGUAAAUGACUUUUUAUGUUGUUGUUUUUUAACUCGUGAAUUACUAGUAUGGGUCUUGUUUGUUUGUUAAAGAUGUAUAAACUAAGAAGUGGCGGCUAAUGGGGUGCAGGUAGACAUGCGGUGAAAUUGAGCGUUUUCAUUGUCAUCAUUUAUACUUUCCAUGUUUUGGAGUUAUACAAUUAAUUUGUGUUUAAUGCAUUCCAUAGCCUCACUUGCUGUAUAAUUGGCUCUAAUAUUCUGUGUUGUAGAGAUGCAGUUCAUCAUGUAUAGGUUAUUUUUCGGAAGUAAACUUCAUUUUGCAAAUGUGAA